CAAUCGAUCCGGUGUUUUUCGUUACACAGUUUAACUUUCUCUUAUUGUAAUCGAUAUGUUAAAGGUGCAAAAUAACAGGAAAAAUAAUAACUAUGAAAAUAUGAAAGUAAAGAAUACUGUUAGUCAAGUGACAGAAAUUUGUUUGCGAAUUUUUGGCAUCUGGCCGAACACAUCGUGCGUUUUGUUAUGUAGACUCUUUUGGACUGUCUCGAUCAUGAUCGAGCAAGUUUUUCAAUAUCGAUAUGUCGUAAUGAAUUUCCAAUUGAUUGAGUUUUCCGAGAUGAUGCACAUUUUGGGUUCAACAUUGACGUACACGAUAUUUUUAAUUAAGCUUGUAAUUUUUUGGUGUAAACAGCGAACGUUCAACAGGAUACUAACAAUGAUAGCGAUCGACCGGGAAAAGUGGUCCAGCACGAAAUUCAGUACGUUUGCGACGUGCAAUGCUAAACUAUCGCAGCGCUUCGCUAACAUGACGGUGAUUCUUUAUUCGACAGCUGUAAUUUUUUUUAGCAGCAAGAUUUUCAUAAAACAGGCGGAUGACGGCAAAGCUUCCAACAUUUCUGCACCAUUGCUUAUUCUAGAGAUGGAUCUGCCAUUUGAUGCUAAUCAAAGAUUCGUAUAUGAAUCGGUCAUAAUUGCACAAUUUGUUAAUUUGCUGUUGUGUGCUGACGCAAACUGUUUAUUAAAUGCUCUACUUAUAAAUCUGAUAUUGCAUAUAGGCGGCCAAAUCGAUAUUCUUCGUGAGAGUUUAAUGGAAAUUUUUCCGGAGAGAGGAAAGUGCAGUUCGGAUCAUUUUAUGGUAAAAGAAAUAAUCCAGAAGCAUCAGAAAAUUAUCGUCUUUUCAGAGCACAUCGAAGAUUUGUAUUCGUAUAUCGCUUUAGUGAUGUUCGUGACGGAUACUCUGAUUAUCUGCUGCUUGGGUUUUACAAUUGUCGCGUCUGUCGGUCAACCCGAUGCUUUGAAAAGUAUAACCAAGAACGUCUUAUUUUACGUUGUCAUAAAUAUGGAGGCGUUCGUAUUUUGUUUCGCGGGAGAAUAUUUAAUCGCUAAGGUUAGACAUUGGUAUAUACUGUUCACAAUUAAUAAGCAGAAUAUUACGUAA